GUUAUCUUACACCGUUUAUCGGCUGUCAGUACGUCAGUUGUACAUUGGGCAUUCGCUUAUUUCUCCACGCGUAUUAAAGAUUUUAAUCACUGUUUUUUCCUCAUCGAUUUAGCCUAAAAUGUACACUAUUUCGCCAGGGUUCACCAGGAUAAAGCAUAAAUUAGGUUUAAUUAGCUAGUUGUCAGAAAUGCUUGGGAAAUUAGAUUGGGAGAGAUACAUGUUGAAAGAGAAUAUACUAGCAGCCCUUUUCAAGUCCCAUAAGGGCCACGCGAUAUCGUUUUAUUUUCAACUUGAGGACGAUGGCCUUAAGCAAAAGUAUGAAGACCUCGUCGAAAUGUAUGGUGGAAGAUGCGACAAACUGCUUGAGGACAUUCACCCGAGGACGGUCGUCAUGGUGGAAGUUGACUACACGAAUUACGCUUUCAGCAGGCCGGUGUUUAAGGUGAACUACAUCCAGGAUUGCAUAAACGCCUCAGAGCUCCUUCCACUCACCGACUACCUUCACAACAAGCUGCACAAGUACUGUGGCCUCGAUUUCUUAGACGUCAUCUAUCACAGGACGAGCAUAUUCAAGGACCCAACUAACUAUCAAAGCCAGGUGAGCCCAGUCGCAAAACAGGAUAAAACUCCGGGACUGCGUCAGCGCUUCAGCCAGGCUGAGAAAGUCGCGAUCAUCAAGUUCAUCAUAGGCAAGAAUGAAACGUCAAAUCUGAAAGACGACAGGAUUUGGCUCAAAAUGGAAAAAUAUAACAUAUGUCCCAAAAGGACUUAUCAAAGUAUGAAGACCCAUUUUCUCAAAUACUUAAUUCACAACUUGCACAAAUUUGACUUCUUAACUAACAAACAAAAGCAGGCUAUACGUGAGGGUGCUUCAUGAAGUCUUCUACCAAGAACAUACACUUUUAUUGUAGUUCCAUUACAUGAAGAUUUUUUUUCCUUUUGAAGUUGUUCUAUUGUGAUAUCUAAAUGAUGUAAUGACUUUUUUAUUAAACGAGUUUUUACAAUAAAAAAAAUUUAUGUAAAAAAUUAAAAAUAAAUUCAUAUUUCCAAAAAGUUAUGCAACCUGGCCUAAACCCCAUGAUGAUGCAUAAUGAAUUAAAUCUACAUAACCCCAAUAUAUGGGUUAUGUAGAUUUAAUUGUAUAUUUAAAUCUACAUAAUAAUUAAAUUGUUUAA